CACGCUACUCCGCAGCCUCUGGGCGCGCACAGAAAAAAAUCAUGUCUUCCUCCAGACUGGGGCUCCGUUUGGCUGCCUGUUUACUAAACAUUUCAGAAGCUAGAAGAAAAUACGUUGUUGAGAACAUAGCAAAAGCAGCUCUUCUUGACAAAAAUGGGCAGAAACAUCCCGAAGUAACAGUGCUCAAUGUAUUUUCUGAUCAAGACUAUAACAGAUCAGUCAUUACAAUAGCAGCUUCUGUUGAUAAGUUGGGCAGUUCUGUUCUGGCUGCUUGCUUGGAGGCCUUCCAUGCUACUGAUAUGGAAGUUCAGGAGGGAAUCCACCCUUGCCUGGGAGCUGUGGACCUGAUUCCGAUUUACCCUCUCUCUGGUGUCGGAGUGGAAGAGUGCGGAGAGGUGGCCAGAAGCCUGGCCCAGGAGCUGGCCCUGCACGUCCCCGGCUGCAGUGUGUUCCUCUUUGGGGAGGCUGACCUGCCUGAGAAGCGCAGUCUGGUCCAGAGAAGGAAGCAGCUGGGCUGGUUCACAAGGAGGGACUUCAGUGCUCUUGAGCCUGACCUGGGAGCUGCCCCUGCCCGAAGAUGUGGUUUGACAGGUGUCGGUGCUAGCCCAUACGUGAUGAACUGCAACGUUACCAUUGAUUCUCAAGACUUGUCUGUGGGAAGAGAGAUCGCUGGUGCCAUUCGGGGCUCCAGUGCAAAUGGACUGAAAGGUGUCCAAGCAAUGGCUUUUCCCCACAAAGGGAAAAUUGAGAUAGCUUGCAAUGUAGAGUGCUUUGAAGACCAACAAGCUACAGACAUCUCAGAAGACUCUCAAUACGUGACUUACAGAGUCCUUGACAACCAUUUUUCUUAUGUGUCUCCUCAUUACAUAGAAGCUCAAGUUAAAAAGUUGGCGGGUGAUUGGGGAGUUGGUACUAUAGGGACAGCAUUAGUUGGAUUUACACCCCAAGAGUGCAAGGACUGUGCUGAAUAUGCUAUAAAGGAAAAUACUGGGGAAUUCUGGAAGAUUCAGGGAGGUAUUUUCAUGUGAUCUGAUCUAAGGGUUCCUUGAAAUUUUAGGGAAAGUUAUUAGUCAUUACACAUUUUCUUUCGGCCAGUGAAGAUAGGGGGAAGCUACAAAGAGCUUGAGUGUAGCUGUGUAUCAGAAAAUUGGAAGCAUUCUUUGUUUAGCAACAACAACAAAUGUUCAUAUAUUAUCCAUCAUUGCCCUAUGGAAUUUCUAGUCAUCAUUAAAACUUUGAAAGAAUCUCCAUAUGUUUUCCAUAGAGGUUGUGCCAGUUUGCAGUCCCACUAACAGUGUAUGU